AAUAUUUGCCAAAAUUUGAAAACACCGUUUAGCUUCAGUUGGUAAAACCACUGACGUGUGUUGGCGCUGCGUACAAUGGAGCUGUUAAACGAAGACGAUAUAAAAAUGUAUGUUUAUGAGAACAGACUGAAGACCUUCGAGGGCUGGCCGUUUGACGAAGGCUGCUCGUGUACGCCGGAGAACAUGGCCAAAGCUGGCUUCAUUCACACCCCUUCAGGGAACAGCCCAGAUGUCGCUAUGUGUUUCUUCUGCCUCAAAGAGCUGGAGGGCUGGGAGCCAGAGGAUGACCCACAGAAGGAGCACGCAUCUCAUUCUCCAUCCUGCCAAUUCAUCGCCCUGAAGAAGAAAGUAGAAGAUCUGACUGUGGAGGAAUUACUCAAACUGCAGAAGGAGAGGCAGAAGUUGAUCAUUAUCAAACUUUGUAACGAGCCUGUCACGAAGUUUGAAGAGGCAGCCAAAUUGAGAAAAGCAGAUAUCAUCAAGACGGUCAUGGGCGAAGACUGACGACGCAGAUGAAUGAGAGAUUGAUGGCUGGCUGACUGUUUCUCACUGAACAUAUUUCCAUGUUUCCUUUAUGUUUUCAUCUUUUAACAUGUCCUCUUGUCAUGCUGUCUGUUUUUACUCAUUAAACCUGUUCUUUCUAGUUA